UCUCUCCUCUUCUCAGACGUUUUGAGAAUUGAAAGCAAAAUUUACUAAUCGGUUCCUCUGGAACUUCUUGCGCGGUAUUAGAAUUAAAGCAUUGUGGGAGGUAUAAAAAGCGAAAAUUACUUUCAUUAUAUAUUCUCACCUUCAACAAGAAGAAUAAAGGUUUCCCUUAUCUUGUCAAUAGCCAUAAUCAUGAAGUUCCUUAUUUUAAGUGUUUUCUUCCUUUCUGCAGCAGGCGAAGCAUCAAAGGGAGCAAAACGAAAGGCGUAUGCCCUCCCUGCUGGCUUUCACAUUUUUGUAGUUCCGGUUAAAACAACAUUCUCUUGCUUCAACGAUGGUUACUAUGCCGAUGUAGACAACGGCUGCGCAAUCUUCCACGUCUGCCACUCUGUCGAAAGAGAGGAUGGUUCUAAAGAGACUCGACAAUGGUCUUUCAUUUGUGAUAACCAAAACCAGCUCACGUUAUCUUGCUCUGAUCCGGAAGGUGGCGUAUCCUGUUCAGAAGCUACUACCUUCUACAACACCAGUGACAGAUUUACCGCUGAAGAUCCCGAACUCAACUUGGUAGAUGAAGAAGUAGAAAAAGCAUCACCUUCGCAUACAGGACAGGACAUCAGUCAAAUGGAUCAACCAUCACAACGAAGUUAAGAAAAUUAUGGCACUCGAACUUAGACUGUACAAACAGAUGAGCGGGUACAAACAGUUUGGACUUGAUUGAUAAUCCAUGUUUCGUCACCAUUGUUCUAACAUGAUUUUUUUCACACAAAAUCCGACUUUUUCUGAGAACACAUACCUAUUUCUUUUUCAAUGUUUCGAUUCUAUGACUCAGAUUAUGCCUAAAUAUUAAAUUGCGUAAAAUUUGGUGAAACACGUACUGAGAAAUUUAAAAAUUCAUUUUGGCGCGCUUUUAUACAGUUUGCGCCGAGAAUAAUUCGCUUGGCGAAAUACUUAAUUUAUAGUAACCUAUUUUCCUUUCCCUUUUUUCACUAUGCACGAGCGAAAAAAAAUAAUAAAAAGUAUAUCGAUCAUUCUUUCAAAUAAUUUUAACAAACAGCAUAAAACACAUUUGAUAUUAUUAUCGUUUUUAAUAAUGAUACCAAAUUUCAAAACGUGCCAUCAUAUAAAUUCACUUUAAUGUUUUGCUGGUAGGAUCAAAAAUACAUCUAUUUUAGGGUGAUGGUAAAAAUUUUACAGGUUAGAAUUCAAAACGUUUUUCGAAAACUUUAUAAAAAUUACUAAAAAAUACAAAUUUUGAAAAAAAAUUAGAAAAUACACGCGAGUUUUGUUUGGAUGGAACCUAAAAAACCUAAAAUUAAAGAAUUAUGAAAGAAGGAAUUAAAUUCGUUUAAUAAAAAUCUGAUUUGUACACCACGUGACUUCCUUGUACGGAAUAUUAAAUUACACGCAUUUUUUCUUGCAUUUUGUUUAAACUUACUGUAUUUAAUUAUAUCUACUUCGAUACUUCCUUUUACAAUACUUCCUUUUUACUUCGUACAAGGAAGUAAAAAAAGGAGAUAUUAGUGAAUGUAGAAGCAAACUAAAUUAACACUGAGGAACUAAAAUUUUGAGAGUUUACGUUUAAAAAUGAACUCGUGCGAUUUUUACAAAACUUGGCACAAUUUGAAUGAUAGAAUCAAAAUAUGGGAGAAAAAUGUAUACGUCGUUUCAGAGAAACGUGUCAUUUUGUAUCAUCGUGAGAUUUUGUGUCAAAAUACCCAUGUUUAAACAAUGCUAUCCAUAAGAUAUAUUCCGAGUAUAUAUAAGAUAUAUUCUGAGUUUUUCAUGUCUGGGAAGGCAUGAAAAACCCAAGCUAGGCUUUUGCUUUUUACUUCCCUGCACGAAGUAAAGGAAGUAUUAUAAUCGAGAAAAUUUUCGGGCAUCAUAUUUCAAUCAAAAUAUCCAUUUUUAACAGUUAUCGAAUGAAAUUUAACGAUGUUUGUGCUUGUCAUCUGUACGUAAGGACAGAAUAAAGGUCUCUUUUUCCCAAAACAAGCUGCAUGAAAAUGAUUUAAAAUGGAUACAGAAGACAUUUUUUCGUGAUGUCUCUACGUAUGCAUAUAUGUAUCUUGAAUAACUCAACUGUAUGUAUCUGCCUCAGAAUGUUGAAAUUUAAAAUAUAGGACUGCAAAAACAUGUAGUUGUGCACCUCCCUUUUGGGUUGCAAGUGACCGCACCGAAGGGCUGUGUGUGUAUAUAUAAUAUACCCACUUUGUUACUCGGCUCCGUGAGUUCAGUUUUUUAUUCUUAUAUGCUGGUAAAUUGUAUAUUUUUUGGUUUAUAAACGAUUGCAUUAUGUUGCUC